CCCCUUUAACUGAGUUUUGUCCAGACCGGGCAGUAUGAUUGGUUGACAAUUUCUAACUACUGCAAGGGAUAUAUGUAUAUAUACACACACACAGACAUGGAGGGAAGUAAAUAAACAUUGAAUGAAGAUUAGUAGUACACUAGAAUUAAAUGGUGUGUAUGGCUAGUGGUCUGGAGAAGUGUAAUUUCUUUUUUCUCUAUGGCAGUUAAUACGACUGUAACACUUCAAGACUUUGGUGGAUAUUAUGACUUCAUUUCUUCUUUUUGAUUAUUUCAUACUUUUAUUGUGUCUUUGAUGCCUAUUCAGCAGACUUUGGACAAAUUUAUUAAUUCCGAAGUUCAUUAUGAUCACCACGGAUUUAUAUAAAUGGAUAAUCGGCUUAAUACUGAUUUGUGUACUGAGUAAGGGCAGUGGAAGACACUCUGUUCUGCUUGAUCCGUCUGGAAAAGAAUCGUCUAGUCAAGGUGUGUAUGAUUAUGAAAUUGUAAUACCUGAAGUUUACACAUCCGAUGGAACCAAAAUAACUGACAGCAUCUAUCAUAAAAGGCAUAAAAGAAGUAUAACACAACAUCAUUUACUAAAAAUAGACAUUAGCAGUCUCUCCGAACAAUUUCAGUUAGAAUUGUGGGAAAAUAAAGAACUGUUAGCUCCGGGAUUUAAAGUUUAUCAUCGGAAAGACAAGAAAGGUAACUCCUCCGAUGAAGCGGUUUCAUCAGAUGAGAUUGAGAAAGAAGCAGCAUGUUUGUAUACGGGUAGAGCUACGUCACAUCAAAAUAAUACGGUGGCUUUAUCCGUCUGUGAUGGAAUUAAAGGAGUUAUACGAACAGCAGAAGAAGAUUAUAUAAUAGAACCAGUAGAACACCAUAUUAUAAUGGGUUUUAAUAUGGACAAUAAACUGGGCAAACCACAUCGUCUCUAUAAAAGAUCAACAUUACAACCUCAUCAGUCCAGAUUUGAAGGAACCAAACACAGAUAUUCUGAUUUAGGAGAAAAUCCAUACACAGAUCCAGUUCACAGAGAAAAACGAUCUUCAUUUAAAUGGAUUCAAAAAGAGAAUAAAGAACCAAAAACUGUGGAAACUCUGGUUGUUGUGGAUAAGACCAUGUUCCAUCGUCACGGUGAUUCUAAUAUAACCACAUACACACUCACAUUAUUUAAUAUGGUGUCUAAAUUAUUUCAAGAUAGUAGUCUUGGUAACAGUAUAAAUAUAGUGCUUGUUGGACUUAUUCUAUUAGAGGGUGAUGAGCCGGGUCUGACCAUUUCUAAUCAUGCUGAUAAAACAUUGAAUAGUUUUUGUUCAUGGCAGUCGGUGUUAAUUGGAGCUAAUGGAAGACAACAUGAUCAUGCUAUAUUACUCACUGGUCUUGAUCUGUGUUCUUAUAAAAAUGCACCCUGUGAUACUUUAGGUUUUGCACCAAUUGAAGGAAUGUGUAAUCGAAUAAGAAGUUGUACAAUAAAUGAAGACACAGGUUUAGCUACGGCCCUAACAAUAGCACAUGAAAUGGGUCACAAUAUUGGUAUGUUCCAUGAUGGUGAGAGUAAUUAUUGCCAGCAAUCGGCAGGAUCUAUUAUGUCACCAACGUUGAUGGGUAAAGAUGGUAAAUUUAGUUGGUCAGUUUGCAGUAAAGCUUAUUUAAUGAGAUUUUUGAAUACACCACAAGCUGAUUGUUUACAAGAUAAACCAAAACAUGUGGCCGAGUUAAAAUUUCCUGAUAAGUUACCUGGUGAAUUAUAUAAUGCUGAUACACAGUGUAAAUGGCAGUUUGGUAACAGAGCACGCUUGUGUACUUAUGAUUUUGGGAAGGAUAUUUGUAAAGCAUUAUGGUGUUUUCGAGGUAAUAAAAGAUGUGAAACUAAGUUUUUACCAGCAGCAGAAGGAACAUCAUGCGGUUCGGGUAUGUGGUGUCGUGAAGGCAGUUGUGUUAAAUAUGGUAAAGAAGGACCAAUAGCUGUUAAUGGAGGUUGGUCAGAAUGGACAAACUGGACAGCGUGUACAAGACCAUGUGAUCAGGGUGUCAUGACCAGAGAUAGAGAGUGUAAUAAUCCACUACCUCAGUAUGGUGGUAAAACAUGUCCUGAUAAAGGUAAAGAAGUUCAACUCUGUAAUACACAGAAAUGUAGUAAAAAGGAAGAUUUCCAUGCUAAACAGUGUUCGUUGUAUAAUAAGAAACCGUUCCGUGGAUGGCAGUUACGGUGGAAACCACACAAGAAAGUUUUAAACAAUGGUGAUCCAUGUAAACUGUUUUGUAUGGCUGAAACAUUUAAUUACGUUUUUACGAUAAAACAUCCGGCUGUUGAUGGAACACCAUGUGGUGAAAAAGAUAAUAAAAUUUGUAUCAGUGGUGCUUGUAAGAUGGUAGGUUGUGAUAAUGAAAUUGGUUCAACAGCUGAGAAGGAUAGAUGUGGUGUAUGUAAGGGAAAUAAUUCAACAUGUAAAUUAGUCUCCGGCCAAUAUACUCAACAACCAACUUUAAAUACUUAUUUCCCAAUUGUUGUCCUACCAAAAGGUGCACGUCAUAUACUCAUCAACGAAAAUAAAAUAUCAUCAAACUAUCUGUCCAUUAGAAAUAUAUAUGGUAGAUAUUAUUUAAACGGUGAUCGUAGAGUAGCAUGGCCGGGAAGAUAUAAGUUAGGGGGAGCAUUGUUUGAAUAUGACCGACCAUAUAAUGAUCCUGAAACUCUGGUAUCAGAAGGACCAUUAGAAGAAGAUUUGAUAGUAGAGAUGUUAGUACAGGAUCACAAUCCAGGUGUUAGUUAUCAGUAUACAAUACCACAACGUGAUAUGAGAUUAAAACAGACAAUACCUACAGCUACAUAUAAAUGGAGUGUAUCCUCUACACCUUGUAGUGAACCUUGUGCUGGAGGAAAGAAGACAGUAAGUGUUGUUUGUCAUCGUGACUCACAACAGGAAGUUGACGCAUCUUUCUGUAAAAAUGAAAAGAAACCAGAUGUUGGAGUCCAGCGUUGUAAUACAACUCCGUGUCCUCCCAGGUGGUUACCAGGAGAAUGGCAGUCUUGCACCAAAUCUUGUGGUGGUGGAAAACAGUUACGCAAAAUAACCUGCAAACAAAAAAUUACCUCAAAUAAAGAUAGAAAAUUAAGAAAGAAAUACUGUAAACAUUUACCAAAACCAGCCAAGAGAAGAAUCUGUGGUACACAGCGAUGUCCAUCUGUAUGGCAUGUUGGCAAAUGGUCAAAGUGCUCUGUGAAUUGUGGGACAGGAAGACAAGAAAGAAAGGUUUUAUGUCGAAACAAAGAACUUAGAGGAUUCCGAAUAUUACCAGAUGCCAUGUGUAAAACUAACGACAAACCUCCCAAAACACGACAUUGUAAAAAACGUCAUUGUGUUAGACGAUUUGAAUGGAUUAUUUCUCCUUGGGGACCAUGCUCCAAAACUUGUGGCCAGGGUCAUAGGUCACGCUUUCUCAAGUGUAAUGCAAUCAACAUUCAUGGAAAACGUAAAUCAGUGCGUGAACGCAACUGCCGUCACAAACCUAAACCAAAUGUCCGGAUGGAAGAAGCCUGUUGGCUAGUUUCCUGUCCGCAAGCUUUAUUGGCAUGGCAACGACAUACAUGGCAUGUUUCCGAUUGGACACAGUGUUCAGCCAGCUGUGGCCAUGGAUUUCAGAGACGUAAUGUAAAGUGUGUUGAUAAGACAGCUCAUUCCAGAUCUAAUCAAUGUUUAUCUCAUCUAAAACCAACUACCUCAAAACCAUGUGACAGUGGAACAUGUCCUUCACAAGAUGAACCUGUUUGUGAAGAUAAAGAGGUAUGGUGUCCUUUAGUACGCCAUCAUAGAGCUUGUGGUCAACAGUAUUACAGAAACAGAUGUUGUAAAACUUGUGAAAGGAGCUGAUCAUCUUUUAACAUAAUUUCUUCAAUUAAUGAGAGAGAAAACCUUUCAAAGUCAUAUAUAUAAAGAUCUCGUCGUGUUUGGUUGUGAUGUCGUAUUUAUUUGUCAAAAAACAAGUCAUGCAUUUAGUUCUACUUACUUAUAGGUCUCAUAGAUAAUAUUAUUUUUUUUAUUUUUAUUGAAAUAUGAAAUUAUUUGUACCUCAAGCGUCUUUUAGAAUGUUCAACAAAAUGGAUGUGCAUUAUGAUAAAGUGCACAAUGUAGUCAGGAAUUUGCUGAAGGGAGAUUGCUUGUUCUGAAUAACAGUGCACUGAAAGUGUGAGUUUUGCUAUGCUCCCUCCCUACUAGUUUGCUAUGCUAUUCUCCCUCGCCAGUAGGAAUCAGGGUCAGGGAGGGUGUUGAAGGUGGUGUGGUGCUUUGGCCCCCCCCCUCCGUUUUGUCUUGCUACGUUAGAAGCCCCCCCCCCCCCCAUAUGAAUUUUGUUCCAAUAGGCCUGUCCCACCGAGAUUGCUAUGCUAUCCCUGAGUUUACUCUGCUUCCCUUAGAUAUUUUUAUCUAUAAUUUCAAUACAGUGGAUAUAAAAAAUUUAAUGGAGUGGUAAACAUACCUUGACAAUGUUUUAAGAUUUAGGCUCUUUUUAGAGCAAUAUUACAAGGUAAUUGGUUUGGGCUGUCACAAAAAAAUGUGGGAAUGCAUUGAGUGCAAUUUGGUGGAAGAGAGCUGGAGAGGCUUGGCCAUAUUUUACUUAGAUUUAAAGAGGAGUCUAGGGCUAUAUCACUGCUUGUACCUAGUAGGGUUAAGGUCGUAGGAAUAAAAGGAAACACAAAAUACAUAACCAUUAUAAUUAAAUGUUCUUCAGAUUUUAUUAUUACUGACUAUAUAACCUGUUUUUUUCUACACGUUUUUUUUUUACGUAAUGUCAUGAAAAUAUUUGCAAUUUGUUGUAGUAGGAAUAAAUUAGAACGUCUCAUUUUGACUAAUAGUCUAUAAAGUCCAGCAGCAAUUUACCCUUAACGCCCCUAAAUCUGUAGAUAGCCCUGCACUAGCUGUUAGACCUAAAAUAGUUAAACAUACAUUAUGCAAGAGCUAAAUCUGCCUAUUGCAGGUCUUUCUUUAGGCCUGAAAUGUUAUCUAAAUUAUUAAUUAGACAUUAAUUAACUUAUCCAGACCAUAAUCAAAUCUCGAUGACAUCGCUAGCCUGCAAUAUUUAUUAGAUUAUGAUCCCAUUUGCUGCUCAACUUUCAUUCAUGAUUUAAUCAUGAAAUGGAUAAUCGACACUAUGUUUUUUAUCCUACCAACUUUAGUAAUGAUGAACAAGACUAGGCCAAAAUUUCAAUCUCUUAAUUCUCGAUUCAUAGUGAAUCAAUUUGACUGAAAUUUUCAGCAAAUUGCCUUUACAUUAUCUUGUUUUUAACUAUUAUAGUGAGAACUGCCAGCUCUUUAUCUAAUCUCCCAUAAUGUAUCUUUAUGUAAUGUGUACUAAAGUCGCUUCUGGGCCCCUGAAACUUCAGCGUCAUUAGUUUUAUAGUAGAUCCACCACUUGCUAAUGCCUGUAUAUAGUAUAUAUAUCAUCAGAAUAUUUAAAAGGUUGAAAUCCACGAAAUAUAUUAUUCUUUAAGUGUACAUUAUUUGUCGUUGGUUCAUCUUUGGUUCAAAUAAUAUGAAAUAUAUCUAAUCAUUUUUUCCGGUUUUUUUUGUAAAUAUUUUUGAAGUUUAAUCUUGUAUGUUUUUAUAAUAUUUCUAUGUAAUCUCUAAGUGUGAAUUUGUUAUAUUAUUGUAAUAUUAUGCUAUGAUGUGGAAUAUUUUGUUUGUAGGUAUCUACCUUAUAUAUUGUUGUCUUAUCAAAGUUUUUAUAAACAUUGAAAAUAUCUGUGCAAUGUUUUUUAGGCCAGACCUAUUUAUUUUUUAAUUCUUCAAGCUCUUUUUCAUAAAUAUAAGGCUGCUAUUACAUAGGAGUAUGUGGUAUUCAAAAAGCCUUUAAAUUCUUUUAAGAUAUUUUCUAAUUUCAUUAUUUUUGUUAAUAUAUUAAAGAGAUAGUAAGAAUUUUUUUAAAUGGGUGUUAUGAGAAUACCUUCUGUCCCUGUAACAAUAUAUUUUACAUUUUUAUGACACCGAGAUAGAACAGUGAUUGUUUUAUGAAAGGAAUACAUAAACUAUGCCUAGAUAUAACCAGGCCUACGCAUAUACUUGGUCUAUACAUAUACAAGGGCUACGCUAGGCCUAUCUAUAUAUAUAACCAGGCCUACACAUAUAAUAGGCCUAUAUAUAAUCAGGCGUAUACAAAUAGGCCUAUACAUUUACGAGGCCUAUAUAAAUAUAUAUAAACCAGACCUAUGCAUAUACUAGGCCUAUAUAUAUAAACCAGGCCUACACAUAUUCUAGGCCUAUAUAUAUAUAUAUAAAAACCAGGCCUACGCAUAUACUAGGCCUAUAUAUAUAUAACCAGACCUAUUCAUAUACUAGGUGUAUACCUAUUACCAGGCCUAUGGAUACACUAGGCGAAUGCAUAUACUAGGCAUAUAAUAUAUACCAGGCCACUGCAUAUACCAGGCCUAUACAUGAAACCUACUUUCUUAAAGUAGUCAUUGUCUUUCUGUAAUCAAAAUUGUCCAUGUGCAUAUAUAUAUUAUAUAUAAUUGAUGCGUGAAAGACCAGGGCCCUGUUUCUCGAAAUCUUAACUACAGAUAAAAUCUAAAUUUUAGUAGAUAUUUCAAUUUUGAUUGGCUAAGCACUAAAAUCAAUCUAAUAUUAUCCAAUCAAAUUACUAAAAUUUGGAUUUUAUCUUAGUUAAAAUUUCAUGAAACAAGCCCCAGGGUGCUGCCUAUUACUUCGUGUUUUCUCAAUUAUUUUUGUGAAACUUAUUUUUAUUUUGUUAAUGUUAGUGCUAUAAUCUACUAUUCACAGUGCUAGUUGUAAAAAUAAAUAUUCUAUUGUUGAAUUUUAAAUGAUCAUGAUAAAUGAACAGUAUGUAGAAUAAUUGUACAAAUUCAUUUCUUUACAUUGAAAAGUCUUCAUGUGAAUUCCCCAGUUAAAAUACAUAUUGACAUUCGACUGAGAAAUUUGGUCAAAAUGUUAUUGAAAUUUCACAGUGAUUUCAGUAAAAUUUUGCAAAUUUCUCUUUUGGAUAUUGAGAUUUCAUUGAGAUUUUACUGACAUUUCAAUAAAAUGUUGACAAAAUUUCUCGAAGUGAUUUCUCAGAAAUUUCUCGAAGUGAUUUCACAGAAAUUUCUUGAAGUGAUUUCACAGAAAUUUCUUGAAGUGAUUUCACAGAAAUUUUAAUAACAUUUUCACUGGGGAGUUACCUAUAGCUAAUAAUGUAUAAAUCAAAAUGGAUUGAAACAAACCUGGAGAUAUUUCAAUUCUAGAAUUAUAUUUUUGGUAUUUUUUGUUGUACAAUACAAUUUAAAUUGUCAUUUGUAAAAAAUAUUUUGAUAAAAUGUUUCAAUAAAAUGUAUAAGUCGAG